AUGCAAGUGAAAAAGGUUAUAGAACGGUUUCAUAUCUUCGGUUCAUAAAUGGAAAGGGAAUGGUCCACUGUGCACUUCUAAUGGGCAAAGCCAGAGUGGCACCGUUGAAAAAGGUCACCAUACCACGCAUGGAGUUGACGGCCACUGCUAUUUCUGUACGUAUGGAUAAAAUAAUCAAAACAGAGCUUGAGUAUGAUAUAGAUGAAAUGUUCUUUUGGACUGACAGUUUGUCAGUCAUCAGGUACUGUGCUAAUGAAACAACUCGUUUCCAUACAUUUGUAGCAAACCGUAUCAAUCUGAUUCGUGAAGGGUCACAAUUGUCACAAUGGAGAUAUGUAGAUACGAAAUCCAAUCCAGCUGAUGACUCAUCCAGAGGUCUCCUUGUUGAUGAUACCUUGCGAACGAAGAGAUGGUUGAAUGGUCCUCAAUUCCUUUGGAAAUCAGAAACGGAAUGGCCUAGAGAUGAAACCGUGUCUAUGGUUAUCCCCGAUGGGGACCCCGAGGUCAAGAAACAGAUGCAUUCUUUGAUUGUCAACAAGCAGUUUGGUACGGACAGGCUGUUAUCACACUUUCACUUUUCGAACUGGAGGAAACUGAAGAUAACUGUUGGUUGGUUGUUAGUGGGUAAAAGGAAUCUUCAGCGAUUGGUUGGCAUACGCAAGGUAUUAAAGAAGAGCCUCAGUGGUACUGGAAAUGAUUUAGAUGAGCAGGACACAACUAUCAACGACAAGAUGGAAAGACUGAUGAUGAUGUCACAGUCUGACUCAAAGAAAGGUUUAAAACUCACACCUGUUACAGUGGAAAUAUUAAGAAGAGCAGAACAAGCAAUAAUCUCAUAUGUUCAACGUCAGUGCUUUCCUGAAGAAAUUGAAGCAUUGACGUACAACACCAGACUAAAACGCUCAAGUCGUUUGUAUAAAUUGGAUCCUAUUAUGAGGGAUGGGCUCAUACAAGUUGGAGGACGCCUGGAGCGUGCCAGAUUACCGGAUAGCAUGAAACAUCAUGUUGUGCUACCAAAGGAUACCCCAAUAUCACAUCUUAGAAGACAUUCACAAGUCAGUGGGGCAUCUAGGCAGAAAUGCAAUGCUAA